CAAACAGUUCACUUCCUGUAUUUUGUGCCGUAUUGACAUCCGUCUGCAGUCAUAUCUUACGUCUGUCAAAACCAGAUUUCCUCGGACUUUGAAGUAGCUUUUAAUUCGCCACUCAGGCCGCUGUUAGUGUGAGGUGAGCAGACUGUUAUCUUACAUGAGGAGCGGGCUGUAAGAGCUCAGCAGCCGGACAGGAGAGAUUAUGGUUGGGCUGCUGAUGGUGUUUCUCGGGGGGCUGUUGGAGGUCUGCAGCGGCGUCUCAACAAACAGAGGGGGGUAUCCCUCCUUUACAGACGAAAUCCCUUUCAAAAUCACCUGGCCUGGCGCUGAAUUCACGCUGCCAGCUUCAGGGGUACUUUACAAGGAAGAUGACUUUGUCAUCAUGACAACAACAGAGAAGGAGAAGUAUAAAUGUCUCCUGCCUUCCCUGGUAUCUGGAGAUGAGGAUGAUGACAAGGAGUACAGUGGGCCUAGUCCGGGUGAACUGCUGGAGCCACUGUUCAAACGCAGCAGCUGCUCCUACAGGAUUGAGUCUUACUGGACAUAUGAAGUAUGCCAUGGGAAGCAUAUAAGACAGUAUCAUGAGGAGAAGGAGACUGGCCAGAAGAUUAGUGUUCAAGAGUACUUCCUGGGGAAUAUGGCACAGAAGAGCCAGCCAACAGAGACGGAUAAAGUUGAAGAGGCAGAACAUGUCAAAUCAGCAACUGAAACUGAUGUGCCCUCUAAGAAUAUAGAAGGCCAGCUGACUCCCUACUUCUCACUGGAGAUGGGAAAUGGGACUCCUUGUGUGCUGAAACAGAACGAGGCUCGCUCCACGUCUGUGCUGUAUGUCUGUCAUCCAGAGGCCAAACAUGAGAUCUUGUCUGUCGCUGAGGUCACUACCUGUGAAUAUGAGGUGGUGGUGUUGACACCGCUGCUUUGCGCGCACCCAAAAUACAGGUUCAAGUCCUCCCCGGUGAACGCCAUCUUCUGCCAGGCUCUGGCAGGCUCCCCUUUGCGGCCUCUGCGGCUCGCCCAGUUGGACAAGGAGCAAGAGGAGCAGCUUAAACCACCUUUCAGCGCCCCCUCCGAAACCAGAGAGGAGGAGACGUCACCAGUGAGAGAGGAGGCCUUCACCUCCACCCACAAACCCAUGACUGUUGGAGGGCAGUCUCAGGUCACUGUCGGCACCACUCACAUCUCUCGCUUGACGGAUGACCAGCUAAUCAAGGAGUUCCUCAGCGGCUCGUACUGUCUGCAUGGGGGGGUCGGGUGGUGGAAAUAUGAAUUCUGUUACGGAAAGCAUGUCCAUCAGUACCAUGAGGAUAAAGAGCAAGGAAAGAACACGGUGGUGGUCGGGAACUGGAACGCCAUGGAGCAUACUGAGUGGGCCAAGAAGAACGUCGCCCGAUCCUACCAGCUCAAAGAGGAUGGAGUACAGAAAGUCAAGUUGGUUUCCCACUUUUAUGGCCACGGGGAUAUGUGUGAUCUGACAGGGAAGCCCAGGCAGGUCAUUGUCAAGCUCAAGUGUAAGGAGUCAGAGUCUCCCCAUGCUGUCACUGUCUAUAUGCUGGAGCCUCAGACUUGUCAGUACAUCCUUGGGGUUGAGUCUCCGGUUAUAUGCAGGAUUCUUGACACUGCUGAUGAACAUGGACUUCUGUCAAUCUCCAGCUAAACUAAUAAAGAUCAUAUGACAGCAAUGGGGCAUGAAGGACAAAGAGAGGACCGACAGAGAGAGGUGCACGUGAAGAGAGAGAACAUUUAUCAUAAAACAGAAGCCUGUUUGGUGAAGGAAGAGAGAUGCCCAUGACACUGCGCUAAAAGCCAAAAUCGAGGUUAAACUUGAUCCUGAGGCUGGACUUUACAUAGCCUAGGAGCACAGCCUCAGCUCACGCCCUGAUGUGUUCAAUGGGCAAUGCUACAUCACAGCCUAAUCCAGCAGGCUAGCUCAGACUUUGUGAAAACAGUGAAUUGGCUCCAAUGCCUCACUCCAGAAGGCAGUGCAUUAAUUGCCUGUACUCCAUAUCUAUGCUUCCCCUUGUGUUGAUUAAUUGCAAGCAAAGGAG